CAGCACAUAAAACGGUUACACUAGUCAAAUGACAACGAAUCAUUAUCUGUUAUCUCGCUUCCGGGAAAGUUGAGCUCUUUCCCAGAAAACCUACACGCAAAACAGAAACAACAGUUUGUUUGCAUGGUAUCACGAGGGUGCAGUGACAGAGUAAGCUAGCGAUGCCGAAACGGCGAGGGGGGCGACGACGCCCGAAAUUGGAACGGGUGUACGGGUGGUUUCAUUGUAAAAAGUGCAGACGAGGCUGGGAGAGUUCUCAUGUAUACUGUAUAGAGGGGACUUUGAAGGUUGUUUAUCGUCAAGGAUGUAAGCAUGUGACGCCUUCAUUUUCCCAUACCAGACAGACUACCUCAUCUGUUCCAAAUGUGGGGAACAACAGUGCCAAUGUGACUCCUACGACGACGAGGAUGAUGCAUACGACUCCGACGACGAUGGAGACUUACGAACAUCCCGGAGUGGCCGAGAUCGCCAUGUUGAUGCACAGAAGCCACAUCUUAAACAUCUCUGUCAGAAGUGUCAGGCAGGAUACUUGUGUGCAAGGGCGUAGGGCGGGGGUCGCAGUGUCUAGCACGACUUUUGACCUUGACCUUUAUUGUCCGUUGAUAGCAAACGCUAUAUCUGGGCCGUAUGAACGAAUAUGAUUUGGGUUAUCAGAUGGAUGAAAUAAAUGAUUUGUUUAUA